CACCCCAGAGAGAAUAAGGGUUGGUGCCAAGUAACCUCAGAGAAGCCAGGGCUAUGGAAAUGGGCUACAGAACAAGCAUCAGUUCAUCUCUGGGCACCUUGCAUGGGUGGCAGGGUGGAUCAUGGCAGUGAUAACAACAGUCUUGGCCUUGGUUCUGGCCCUCCUCUCAGUGUCAACAACAGCUAAGGAGUACAAAGGCUUCUGGGAAUACUUCAGCCAGAGUGGCCAGGAGAAGGGCCGGAUAGAACAGAUGGAGCAGCAGAAGCUCAGCAAAGAGUUCCUGAACCUGAAAGCCAACAUUGAACAAGACCACAGUAAGGUGGACACUUUCUUGGAGAAGCUAGAGCCCUUGGCUGGAUGGGCAAAACCUUCUUUGCCUUUUCUGGACUCGAGAGACCUGCAGCACCAACUACACAAGGAGCUGGAGGAGGUGAGGACCAGGCUGGCCCCUUACACCCAGGAGGUCCAUCAGCGUGUGGGCUGGAAUCUGGAAGGGUUAAGGAGGCAGCUCCAACCCUAUACAGUGGAACUGAUGGAGCGACUGACCCUAGGGGUUCAGGAGCUGCAGGAGCAGCUGAAAAUGUUUGGGGAGGACACCAAGAACCAAUUGCUAGGGGGUAUGAAUGAGGCCCGGGAUCUGCUUCAGGAAUUUCAGGACCAAGUGGCUCUUCACACAGGGAGGGUAAAAGCACUGUUCCACCCCUACGCUGAGAGGCUGGUGACAGGAAUUGGGCAGCAUGUUCAGGAGCUGCAUCGCAAUGUGGCCCCACAUGCUGCCACUAGCCCAGCUCGCCUCAGUGGCUACAUCCAGGCUCUGUCAAAAAAGCUGACCCUUAAAGCCCAGGCUCUGCACACUCGCAUCCAGGACAAUUUGGACCAGCUACGGGAUGGGCUCACUGCCUAUGCUGGGGCCAGGGAGGAUAAGAAUGUGGGAGGGGUAGGGCAAGAUUCCCCACUGUCCUCCGAGGAGCUGACCAAGGAGGUACAGCAGCGGCUGGAGGCCUUUCGUCUUGAUACCUUCCGGGAGAUUGCUGAUUUCACUAAAGUCAUUGACCAUGAAACAGAGGAGCUGCAACAGCAGCUGGCUCCGCCUCCCCCUGCCCGCAACACCUUCUAUCCAGAGCUGCUUGGGGGUAAUGGGGACAGGAAGGUCAUGGGAGAGCUAAGAUCCCGCCUUGAUGCUCUUUGGGAAGACAUUCAUUAUAAUCUCCAAGAUCAGGGACAUGGCCUGUCUGGGACUCCCUGAAGAACUUCCCUAGGCCCCAGGACCUUUUGCCCCAUCUCUUCCUCUAGGGCAUCCUCAAACCCAAGUCUCCGGCAUCCAUUCAGGUCUCAACAAUCCCUUUGUUGGGACUCUAAGCAAGACACAGGCAUAUCCCAAUGUCUGAGGCUAUGGCCUCAGACUAGAAAGUUGCCCUCACCUGUUGGAUCAGCAUCCUUUCAGCUGGUUCUCUUGUCCAGAUGUAUUUCAAUUGCCAGGUUUGGCAAACCCAUGUUUUCCAUCUCCCCACUUAUGAAUCAGGAGCGAUGUCUUUCUUAGCUAAGGGAGCAGAGUUAGCAAGCCUGCUUGCUAAGCCUCAGGUCGAUGGGUGUUGCUUAAGUGGGAUCAUCUUGGAUCAGGGUGCUUGCCUCUAGCCAGCUUCUAGCUACUGUUGGUCCACAGGGCUGACUUGAUGCCUUUAAUGAAAGUUGAUGCUGUAUGGGGAAUUGAAGGGAGAAGAGAAUGGUGUAUGCGUGUACGCGUGUGUAUGUGUAUGUGUAUGUAGAUGUAUGUACGUAUGUAUAUGAGCCCUGUUGGGUUUGAAGCUGAUCAGCAAGGACCUUGCUCUUGUACGUAAAAGGACCCGGGAUAUUUCAAAGACAUCUGAAGCUGGACUUCUGUCACUGAGCCCCUGCUAGGCUGCCUGGGACUAGUUAACUUGUUGGGUUACAGACCAUACACCCAUCUCAUGAUGUAUACUUAUUUUUUCAUGUUGUGAGUUUUGUUAAUAUAUGAAUGCACUGAGAUCAUGA